UUACAUAGGAUAGUUGUAAACACCAACUAUCCUCCGUCCCGCUAGGUGGCAGCCUUGCAUUAGCUCAUAGCACUGAGCUGUGUUUGCGGAAGUAGUCACACUAUGACGCUCGCAUGUGAAGUCAGGAGGAGGCAUUGAGCUUUAGUCAAGUCUCGUGUUUGUUCUAAGAUAAGAUAAACGCACUCUUCGUAUUAUUGCAAACUAUUCUUUGUUCAUCCCGUCUUAGCUUUUGCCGACUGACAAAAUCUAAUCAUUUUGUUAGCAUUGCACUCUAAUGAAGCCCGUCCGUCUAUGAGCAUGGCCCGACCUCUUCAGGUCUGCUGCCUCCUCUUUAGGUUUUCUGCUCCCUCUUUGGCUUCCCCCGUUUAUCUAAACGGCGUCAGAUUCUCCAGCAGAGGCAGCAGCAAAGUCUGGGUGGACUCACAGAACCUUGUGAGCGGAGACAGAACCAGACCACAAACGUCCAGAUUCAACGAUGACGUGGAGCCUGAGCUGGAGGGGCUGGAGGAUAAACUCCAGGCUGUGCUGGACAAGGAGAAAAAGAGACAGCGAUCAGUGAAGUUUGAUAUGAUAAGAAGGAAAAUGACUCCACCAGGAGCCCCCCAGAGGAAACUAACGUGGGAUGCUAUUGAGCAAAUAAGAUAUUUGAAGCAAGAGCAGCCAGAGGAGUGGACGAUCAAGCGUCUCGCUGAGGGCUUCUCUGUCCCCCAAGAUGUCAUCCUGAGGGUCCUGAAGAGCAAGUUUACUCCCUCUCCCAACAGAAAAGUCAAACAGGAUGCUAAAGUGAUGGUUAGACUCAGCCAGCAGGCAUUAGCUUCUGACAGCAGGAGGCAGGAGAGCAAACUGAAGCUUCCUCAAAGUCAAACACCAGCUACACUCAUACCUAGACAGACAGAAGAUGCUCCGAUUUCUGAGACUGCUCCAGUUCAGGUGCUUCAAAGUAAAGAUUCAGCAUCUCUUGUUCCUGCUCAGCCUGCAAAGCUACCAGCUGGGACUUACAAAGAGGCUAGAGUGAAGGGGUCAACAGUAGACAGGGAUGGUUUUAGUACAAAGGAAACAGAGGAGGAUGAGGAGUGGGAGGAGAGCUGGGAUGGGCAGGUUCUGACAGAGGAGGACCUUGAGGAGAUUCUGGACAUGGAUAAACCCGUGCCUGUGGUGCAGGUGGGGAACGAUUUCUUUGAUGCAGAGGGACAUUUUUUGUAUAGAACCUGAGGACAGAAUGAGUUGAAAUGCUGAAUGAAGAUGAUGUGUACACUGAAAUUUAUGUAAUAAAUAAUAUUCUUAGAAAUGAUCAAAAUCCAUGGAAUUAGAAUUUUAUAUUGAAGCCAUUUUUUCUUAGCUUUUUAAAAAAUAUAUAUAUUUUUCAUUGCAGUAUUAAUACUUUUCACAUUACAGCUGCACAUUUUAUUAGAAUUUAAUAAAAAUUAUUUAUUCAGGGUAACACCUAAAUGAAGGGAAAGUAAGUUAGAUAUGCUUUUUUUAAAAUUGUAUUCAGCUCUCAGGAAAUGUGUACGAGAACCUUGCAAAAGGGUAUUUUUGACAUGAGAAAACAUGUUAAGCCAUUCAGCCUGAGGGAAAACAGGCCGUUAUCGCUACAAAAACUUCUGAAUCUUCCUUCUCCCUAGAUUUAAAUUCUUAUCUAAUAUUCAUAGAAGGAAAGAGUCAUUCAGUGGCAUAAUUUGCAUAGAUAUACUCUUAAAUAAUGGAUGCCUGCUGAAGGUGUAGAUCUAACUUCCUUGUCCAGUAACACUAGAUAAGUGUUUUGCCCUAAAACUAUAAAAUGUCAAUCUUAAAUUUCCCAAACUGUUCAUACACAGUUUGCAGAUGUUCCAAGUCAGGAUCAGAGAUUAAUGAGUAUAUUUAAGCAUUUCCAGUGUCACAUGUCUCAACCUCAUCAGGGUUUAAUAAGACAUUUUGAAAUACAUUAUUCUGACACACGCAUUCAGAGUUCCUUGUGUUAGGCUACACCGAUAAUAUCAUUUAUCACAGGAAGAAGUCACAGCAGCAACUUCAGUCUGAGGCAGCAUAACCACAUCCUGCAGGUGUUGUUAAAUUUGGCUACCUACAGAAAUCUCCAGUUGCUAAAGUGCAUCUUGAUUUCUGCAUGUUUGCUAAAAGCAAUCGGUGGUGUCAGAGUUUAUUUUGGAGUAUCAGAAUAAAGGGCGAGUAUAAAUGCAUGCCAUACCUCAGAUUGCAAAUUCUACUUCCUCCGUUUUAAACUGCAUUCUUCGUUGUGGCCGAUCACAUAAAAUCCCAAGAAAUUACAGUGAAAGUUGUGAUUGUGAUGUCAAAUACAGAUUUAGGUUUCGCAUACAAGCUAUUAGCCAAAGUGUAAAAAAAGGGUUUCAAUGUCCAUUACAUGUUAUACAGACAUACUUACCAAAACUACAACUAUUGCUUAAACCAGAUACAAUGCAUUGACUAGUAGCUGACUUCUGUGUGCAUUUCUACUCUAAUAAGGUUUUUAAAUGAGCAGAAUGUCAAU